CAAGUGACUCCACCUUCAGCAGUGAAAACAUCCCCCGGUUAUAUGACAUAUGAGAAGUCCGGCGCACACACCGGGAAUCCACAUCAGACCAGUGAAAAACAGAGGUCUAUCGGAGUAAUCUAACUCUAGGAGAGAGGCUUGAAAAGAUAAAAUGCCCGCAGUUGGACUGGAGAUACUCGGCGUGACCCUGGCCGUCCUGGGAUGGAUUUCUGCUGUGGUGUCCUGCGCCUUGCCCAUGUGGAGAGUGUCGGCCUUCAUCGGGGUGAAUAUCGUGACCGCCCAGACUAUCUGGGAGGGCAUCUGGAUGAGCUGUGUGGUCCAGAGUACCGGCCAGAUGCAGUGCAAGGUCUAUGACUCCAUGUUGGCCCUGAGCGCCGACCUGCAGGCGGCCCGCGCCCUCACCAUCAUCUCCAUCAUAGUGGGUGUCGUAGGGGUGCUGGUGGCUGUGGUGGGGGCCAAGUGCACCAACUGCGUGGAGGAAGAGGCGGCCAAGGCUCGUGUGAUGAUAGCUGCUGGGUCAGCCUUCAUCGUGGCUUCCCUGACCCAGUUGAUCCCCGUGUCCUGGUCGGCCCACUCUAUCGUCAUGGAGUUCUACAGCCUGGUCACACCGGAGGCGCAGAAAAGGGAAAUAGGUGCCGCUUUGUACCUGGGCUGGGCAGCAGCUUCCUUCCUGCUCAUAGGGGGAUGCAUUCUCUGCUGCAGUUGCCCCAAGCAGCCAGAAAGGAGGUACGGUUCCCCUUCGCGGAUGAUGUACUCCCAGACCCGGUCGGUGGCUCCAAGUGGCUACGAUAAGAGGGACUACGUCUGACCUUGCACCUUCUCCCUUCUCCUCAUACUUCCCACGAAGGGAAAAGGACUGUUCGGGGAGAAAUGGGGAACCCUUCAUCUUUACUGAGAAGUUCAGAUGUUCUGAAGUGGGACAAAUCAGUUAAAUUAACAAAAGUCGAUUUUUCUACUUUCUUUUGACUGAAGUAUUUUUUUUCUUUACCUAAACCUUUGGGACCAAAGGAUUACCUUUUUAUUUUGUGUGUGUUUUGUCUGAAGCAUGCAACUUAAAAUAAAAAAAAAGUAUUUGA